AUGCUGAAAUCAAAUGCUGAGCAAAUCGUCUUUAAAGGGUAUCCAUUACCCGACAAUUCAAUUCAAACUUAUCAAGAAGUUCAAGAAACCUUUCAACACAAUCUUAAAAUUCUUGAAAUCCCAUCCAACUAUCCUCUAACUCUUAAUGAUUUAUUGAUCAUCAAUUGUUGUAUUUUACGAGUCAAAUGCAUACUGACUCCAAACGUACUGAACUUAUUCAUAAAGCACUGGAUGAACGGGUCCAACCCUUUAUUGAAACAUUUUUCGGCGAGAAUAUCAACAGAACUAAACCGCCAUCUACGACCAUUCAUAAAUAGACUACUAGCUGGUUUGAAAUAUGAGACGACAGUUCUAGAGUUUGAAUUGAAUGCCCAAGAAAAUAUUGCAGCUCAAGAAGUUUAUGUAGUUCAGGGAAACGAAGAAACUCUAGCGAUUAUAACAUUCUCUGAUGAAGGUCGUUAUUUCCAAAUGUUUACUCAACCAGAAGAAAAUUAG